AGGGAGGCGCGCCCAGUUGUCGGCCCGGUUCCUGGCCCGCGCCCGGUGUUCCCUGUUCCCGGGUCUCCCGGCCCGGCGGCAUGCAGCCGCCCUCCCCUGCAUUGCCAACUUUGCCGAGUGCGCUCUCGGCCGAGCCGCUUCGGUACCCGGGUGGGACUCAGCAGCGCGGCCCGCCCUCGAGCUCCGGGGCCUGGGCACCGCGAGUCGCCCUCCCGCCGGGUCCGGGGCGUGAUUCGAACUCCGACCGGGGGCCCGUCCUGCGCUGCCCCGGCGCAGACAGCCUCCUCACUGGAGAGGCGGAGUCCUGGCGUGGCCACCUGUCUCACUCACCAUCUGGGGCCCGGGCAGCCCAGCGUGCAGACAGCAGUGGUGUCCAUGGGCUCUGCGGACCACCAGUUCCACCUCGCAGAGAUCCUGUCGCAGAGCUACGGCGUGCGGGAGGAGGCCGAGGGAGGCCCAGAGAAGUCCGAGGAGGAGCUGGAGAAGGAGUUCAUGUCCCAGGUAGUUGUGGGUAUACUUCGUUGCUACCGCAAAAGAGAGCGAGUGGAAGCUUUGUGAAAGCAGAGCAGAGCGGCGUGGAUUCCACAGCCACGUCCAGCGAGCACUCUCCUGUAGCACUGCUGGUGGUGGUGUGUGCACCUCCUUCUGCUGCGGCACCACCAGGCCGGUGCUGGCUGCACCCUUCAGGCUCUGACUUAAGGCAAACGAGCAGGGACAUGCCCCUUGAUGAGCUGCUCGCCCUGUACGGCUAUGAGCCCUCAGACCCCAUCUCGGAGCGGGAGAGUGAAGGCAGCGGCCCCGCAGCCCACCUCCUGGACAUGACCCUGGACAAGGAACAAAUAGCGAAGGAUUUGCUUUCAGGGGAAGAAGAGGAAGAGACACAGUCCUCGGCCGACGACCUUACCCCGUCUGUGACCUCCCAUGAGGCCUCCGACCUUUUUCCUAGCCAGAGUGAAUCCUGCCUCCUGGCUGACGCAGACAAAGAGCCUGGCUCCUCCACCUCAUCAGACACGGAGGACCCUCUUCCUGCCAACAAGUGUAAGAAGGAGAUCAUGGUUGGGCCUCAGUUCCAAGCUGACCUCAGCCACCUGCACUUGAACCGCCACAGUGAGAAGAGUAAGUGGGGCCUGGUGAUGGGGGAGCAAAGACAUGAAACCCCACACCCGCCAGGAAGGAACUUGCUGCUUGUCUAGCCAGAGCCAGUUCCCUAGUCCUCGGGGAACGUGGGGGCAGGACAGGGCAGG